AUGCCUGAUAAUCCAAGUGUGCCACCUCAACGACGCCUUCGGUUGCUCUCCCUCGAUGGAGGCGGAGUCAGAGGCCUCGUUAGCUUGCUCAUAUUGCAGAGAUUGAUGCAUCUUGUCAAUCCUAAAGAACCGCCCAAGCCCUGUGAUGUUUUUGAUAUGAUCGUUGGGACAAGUACUGGCGGUCUCAUCGCAAUAAUGUUAGGGAGGCUUAGAAUGGACGUGGCGUCGUGCAUCGAGGCAUACAUUGACAUGUCUAAGGAUGUCUUCAAGAUGUCAUUAUGGAUGAGGAUCCUAGGUCGUACCUUUUUAAAUAUCAUUGGCAGGGCAAUGUUUGAUCACAAAGUACUUGAAGACAAGAUCCGUGGUAUAGUACAAGACCGGCUUGGGGACGCAGAUGCAGCCCUGCUCGAGGAGGACCCUGACUGCAAGAUAUUUGUCUGCGCAAGCAUGUUGAACGCAGACACCAGGCGACUGAGGAACUAUCAUUCUACCAUUGAGGAGGCUUCGAACUGCCGCAUCUGGGAAGCAGCACGGGCAACAUCAGCAGCGCCUACAUUCUUUGACCCCAUCACCUUCAGCAACGGUUGCACAUUCCGUGAUGGCGCGUUUAGGAGUAACAAUCCGAUAUUCGAGCUUAUCGACGAAGUCCAGUCCGCAUUUCCGGAUUCAGAUGUAUCCUGUAUAGUUAGCAUAGGGACGGGAAUCUCGGGCCCUAUAGCCUUAAGCAAUAGCCUUAUGUCAGUAGCUAAGGCCUACGUGAAGGUUAUGACAGAUGCAGAAUCCGUGGCUAGAUCAUUCAAGAAGAUAUGUUGCUCGCCUAAUGCUAAAUUUCAAGGCAAGUACUUCCGUUAUAACCCUACGGGUAUAGGGGACGUAAGGCUCGAUGAGUGGGAGAAGGUAGAUGUCAUGAUAAGUAGUACCGAAUCCUAUCUACAAGGUAUAGCCGAAACCCUCGAGGUUUGUGCGACGCGUCUGAGAUGA